UGUGUGUGAGUGCGUGGUGCCGCCGCGUCCGUCCGUCCGUCGUCUACACCCAGGCAACAGUCGUGUCGCGGUGCGUGUGCGUAUGCGAGCCCCAGUGAGUGGCGCGCGCGUGUGUGUCUGUCGUGUCCGUUUAGUUGUCCGUUUAUGUUUGUGAGUGUGAUAAAAAAUUUUUUUAUUUUCGAAUGAAUGUAUGCUUGGACUUCAGUGAACGCGAAAAAUUUCUCGUCGCAUAAAAUAGAAAAAAUUUAUUUGUUCUCGUCGUCCUCUCGAUUUUCGCUCGACCAAAGUGCAGUACGACACACGCACACUCCGGGACCAUACAUCUUAAUGUACGUCAGAAGUGACGCGAUGGGAACGUGACGCUGGCUGCAACGUCAGCUAGUAUGAGCGAGGGUGGCGGGGAGGCCAUGGCCUCAUAUGGUACGGCGGGUUACCCGCCACCACAGCCUGCCACCCCGUCAUCAACUGUACCCGAGUCGAAGACACCAGGCCCGGCACCAGGUCUUCCGCCGUUUAGCUCGUUUUCGGCGGUCGAGUUGGCUGAAGGACUAGGCGCCAGGCUCGGUCCAGGGGACGGCUACGACCCGACCACCGGUCGAAUAAUGGACAUGCACUGGGACUACAACCCAGACGGAUUGCACAGGCCGGAUCUGUACCCGACUACGAUGAUAAUACCACAACCGCAAUCGUAUCGGCCUUGGGAGAGCAAGCUGGACGGCAGCAACUCACAGGACUCCAUGUCCAAGGGGUCGUUUGACUAUCCUCCAUCUCCGGCCGGUAGCAAGUUGCCGUCGUUUCAAUCACAGUUUAACUUCCAAAACGACCAACAGCAACCGGAAACAGUUUCGUUGACCACGCUGACACCAGCGGCCGUGUCACCGACACAGUCGCCUGGUUUGCCCAGUUUUCACACGCUGUCUACGGUGAACGUGGCAGCGGCUACUGGACCUCGAGGUUAUCCAACCCUAGUCCCGGGCAUCCAGCAACAGUUCCUGGACGAACGGGCUGGCACCAUACAUUUGUUCCAGAGUCCACAAUACCCGCCGCCCCCGCCCCCGCCACAAGCGUUCGCGCAACAAAAUCACCAUCAUCACCACCCACACCAAAACACCAUCAUUCAAGGAAACUUUAUGGGUGCCCCACACCACCAGUCCAACCAGGCAACACUGUUGACGGUGGUGAAAACGGAACCAGUUGCCAUCGUGUCCGCACAGAUACCCAGUCACGUAUACCAGACCGCAGGUGGUACGUACAUCGAUUCGAUUAAGAUGGAAGAUACGCUGUCGCCGCGCGGGCUACAAGAGUCUCGGAAAAAAGAACGGCGAAAAGUACGGGCGUCCAGCAUGGACAGCUCUGUAGAAAGUGACGGCGUGGGCAGUUCCAGUGUGGAGAGCUCGGGACAGGUGGCUGCCGUGAGCAGCACCGCCGGCUUUAAGUCACCACUGGUCCAGCAUAACGUGGUCGGAAUGACGGGUGGUGGCAACGUCGGCAACGUAGGUGGGUCUAUGAUGGAUUCGGAUCACUGUGAAAACGGCGCCAACGGUAUGGAUAAGCAGACGAAAAAGAAACGGAAACGAUGCGGCGAAUGCAUAGGAUGUCAACGGAAGGACAACUGUGGUGAUUGCGCGCCGUGUAGGAAUGACAAAAGUCAUCAGAUAUGCAAGAUGAGGAGAUGCGAGAAGCUCACUGACAAAAAGGUAAGCGAAUGGCGUGGGAACCAUUGUGUGCGACAAUAAAUUUAUCUUGAAAAA